CCCGCCCCCUCUCUCCUGCCCCUGGCACGGGCCGGUGACUCGGUGGCUGGCACCCAGCUGCGGUCGCACCCUCGAAGGGCACGAGCCCCUGCCUCAGUGUUGAUUCCCCCCGCGCCCGGUGUUGCCCAAGGCUCAGGGUGACUCCUCCCCGGGGACCCUCCCCUCUGGGGCGCGUCACUCUCCCCACCCCUGGGUCCGGACCCCAGCGGCUUCCCGCGCCGGAGCCAAGCUGGGACAAGUCGCGGCCACCUGCCCAGGAGCCGCGGACCUCGGGCGCCGUCAGCCCAGGUCCCCAUGGAGUUGCGGGUCGCCAAUGCCAACGGCAGCUGCGAGAACGGUUCCAUAGUCAGUCUCUACUGCUCCUCCCAAGAGGUCCUCUGUCAGAUUGUCAGAGGCAUCAGCCCUGAAGAGCCCAACAAUGCCACCUUGAUCACCUGGCAAGAGAGGGUCAGGAAGAGGUAUGGCUUCUACAUCGGUGUGGGCCUCGCCUUCCUCUCCUGUCUACUCAUUGGCAGCAGCGUCAUCCUUAAGAAGAAAGGCCUCAUACGACUUGUGGCCACAGGGGCCACCAGGGCAGUGAAUGGAGGCUAUGGCUACCUGAAGGACCCAAUGUGGUGGGCUGGAUUUGCUACCAUGUCCGCUGGAGAAGUCGCCAACUUCGGGGCCUAUGCAUUUGCACCUGCUACGGUUGUCACGCCACUGGGAGCACUGAGCGUCCUCAUAAGUGCCAUCUUCUCCUCCUAUUGCCUGAGAGAGAGCCUGAAUCUACUGGGGAAGCUGGGCUGUGUGAUCUGUAUGGCUGGCAGCACAGUGAUGGUCAUACGCCCCAAGGAGGAGAAGGUCACUACUGUUGCGGAGAUGGCGUCCAAGAUGAAAGACACAGGGUUCGUCGUAUUUGCUGUCCUUCUGGUGGUGUCCUGCCUCAUUCUUAUCUUCAUUGUUGCCCCACGGUAUGGGCAAAGGAAUAUCCUCAUUUACAUCAUCAUCUGCUCUGUGAUUGGAUCCUUCUCCGUGACAGCUGUCAAAGGUCUGGGUGUCACCAUUAGGAACUUCUUCCAGGGUUUACCAGUUGUACGGCACCCGCUGCCCUACAUCCUGUCCCUCAUCCUGGGACUUUCCAUCAUUAUUCAGGUCAACUUCCUCAACAGGGCACUGGAUAUCUUUAACACCUCACUGGUCUUCCCUAUCUACUACGUUUUCUUCACCACGGUGGUAGUGGCCACUUCCAUCGUCCUCUUCAAGGAGUGGUAUACCAUGUCUGCUGUGGACAUUGUGGGCACCCUGUCUGGCUUCGUCACCAUCAUCCUGGGUGUUUUCAUGCUUCAUGCUUUCAAAGAUCUGGACAUCAACCAAAUCAGCUUGCCACACACACAUAAAAGCACAACGCCACUCCUGCCCCAGAAGCCCACAGUCAUUAAACUGGAGGACAAGAAUGUCCUUGUGGACAACAUAGAACUUGCCAGCACACCAUCACCACAGCAGAAACCCAAAGUAUUUAUGAUCCAUUCUUAA